AUGGCGCGAGCCAUCUGGUCCAUGAUUAACGACAAGGAACUCGCACCCCCAGUACCUGAUAGUGUCUGCUCCCAUUGCCUUCCUGCGUCCAUCUUCCGUGCGCCGCAGCUCAUCCUCCCUUUCCUGAAUCUCAUCCACCCCUUCCUGGAUGUCAACAUCAAGUACUUCGACCUGGGCCUGCCUCACCGCGAGGCCACCAACGACCAAGUCACGAUCGAGAGCGCACAAGCAACGCUCACGUAUAAUGUGGCAGUCAAGUGUGCGACAAUCACUCCUGACGAAGAGAGGGUGCGGGAAUUCGGACUCAAGGCCAUGUGGAAGAGCCCCAAUGGCACCAUUCGCAACAUACUGAAUGGCACUGUGUUCCGGGAGCCAAUUCUCAUCCGCAACAUUCCUCGCCUCGUGCCCUCAUGGACACACCCUAUAGUGAUCGGCCGGCAUGCCUUCGGGGAUCAGUACCGAGCCACAGAGAUGGCCAUUCCGGGUCCUGGCAAACUCAAGCUCGUCUAUGAAACCCCUCAGGGCACCAGUCAAGUCUUGGACGUGUACGACUUUAAAUCGCCCCCUUCCACCAGCAUCGCUGGCGGGGAUGGGGGUGGCAGCGGUGUGGCACUCGCUAUGUACAACACAGAUGAGUCCAUCAGGGCGUUCGCCGAGUCAUCCAUGGCCAUGGCCUACCAGAAGAGGUGGCCGCUGUAUCUCAGCACCAAAAACACCAUUCUCAAGACUUACGAUGGCAGGUUCAAGGACAUAUUUCAACAGGUGUACGAGAGCAAGUGGAGGGAGCGGUUUGAGGCAGCAGGGGUGUGGUAUGAGCACCGGCUGAUCGAUGACAUGGUGGCCUUCUGCCUCAAGAGCCCGGGGGCGUUCGUGUGGGCGUGCAAGAACUAUGAUGGGGACGUGCAGAGCGACAUGUUGGCUCAGGGUUUUGGCUCCCUUGGCCUCAUGACCAGCAUUCUGGUGUGUCCGGAUGGGAAGACAGUGGAAGCGGAGGCGGCGCACGGCACGGUGACGCGGCACUACCGCGUGCAUCAGAAGGGCGGGGAGACGAGCACCAACAGCAUCGCCUCCAUCUUCGCCUGGUCCAAGGGGCUCGCGCACCGUGCCUCUUUGGACGGCAACAGCAGGCUCGCGGCAUUUUGCAAGCAGCUGGAGGCGGCGUGUGUUGACACGGUGGAGAGCGGUGGAAUGACCCGCGACCUGGCCCUGCUGGUGCAUGGGAACAAGUGUGUUGAGUCUUUAGCUAGUCAGUUACUUAUGACAUAG